AUGUCAACUGUUAACAUUGUCAAAUACUAUUUCCACAAAGCAAAUGCCCCGAGGGACGCAGAACGAAUGCGCAAGAUGGUCUUGCUAGCGUACCAGACUGCAAAAGACAAGAAACUGUAUCCUAAAGAAGUAUUCAUUCGGUCUGAAGUCCAUCUCACCACUACCAUCAACGGUGUUCGUCAACAAGACCCAAAGGGCCUUCACAUCACUUUGUGCUACAAGGAUCAGGCCCAGAUAGAUUCCGGUACACACGUCGCUUGCCAUGGCUAUGUUACAGACAAGGAAAGCCUCCAAUUCAUCGAGGCAACUCAUGCUGGGGAGAAGCCAGACUCGACAAAGAAGAAUGAGAAAGGUGAUGUUGUCUGGCCGGGUGCAGAGCGUCUUUGGGCUGCUCCUGAGAUUGGUUAUGGCCAUCUCGAAUAG